AUGGGAUCGUGCCUGCGCGCGGCUGAUUUCCGGUGCAGAGCCCAGCUCCCCAGGCUGUUUAGACCGGCGGCCUGCGGCGGCGGCGGGGCGAGGCCGGGCGCCGGAUCCAGCAUGCAGAGGGCGGGGCUCCUCACGCCGUUCCCCCUGAGGGCGCGGGCCACGGCCAGGACCUGCAUGGUCUCCAGCUUCGCCACGGAGUUGCUCGAGAUAAGAUCCAGGGAGCCUUCGCCGUCGCUCCACGUUCUGGUCGUCCCUGGCAAUCCAGGUAUUGUUGGAUUCUACAGGGACUUUGUCGAAGCCCUGUAUGAAAACCUCGGCGGGCAGGCAUCUGUUACGGCGAUAGGGCACAUUUCACAUGGGCAGAAGGAUUACGAGCACGGACGAUUGUUUUCAUUACACGAACAGAUUGAGCACAAGAUUGAUUUUCUUGAGCAAGAGCUUCUACAUACCGAACAGUCCAUAAUUGUGGUGGGUCAUUCUAUUGGCGCGUACAUAGGUCUGGAAAUAUGCAAAAGAUUUCAGAAGAAGGUAAUUUUUUUUGUGGGGCUUUAUCCAUUUUUGACAUUGAACAAGAAUGCUAUGAAGCAAUCAGCAAUUGGAUAUGUUGCAAGGUCAUCUCUCCUUAGUAAAGGGGUUAGUUUGUUAGUGUCUUUCAUCGGCUCACUCCAGGCUUCAGUUACGAGGAGCAUUGUGAAAAGGUUCCUUGGAUCUUCUUGGUCUACAGCAGCCAUUGAUGCUGGAUGUAGCCAUCUCUUGCAGUACCAUACGAUGCGCAAUGUGCUUUUCAUGGCAAAGACAGAGUUCGAAAAGCUUCACGAAGAGCCGGACUGGAAUUUCAUCAGAGCAAAACAGGACCAAAUUGCUUUUCUGUUCGGUGUGGAUGAUCACUGGGGUCCACUAACUCACUUGGAAGAGAUCUCAAGGCAUGCUCCAGGGGUUGCCUUGUCGGUCGAGAAAGAAGGUCAUACACACGGCUACUGCUGCACGGAGGCUGGAUCCUUCUGGGUUGCUGACUACGUCGCAAACUUGAUUAAAAACCAAAUGCUCGUCGGAGAUAGCUGA